CAUCGUUCCUGCUCUCCCGCCGCCGCCUCCCGCUCCAACCAAGCCAAUACCCAGCGGCCUCUCUCGAGAAGAUCUGGCCGCCGGAACUCCACCGGCCGCCUCCCUUCCCGCGCCUCGCCAAGCUCCUCCGUCCGCUUAGCCUUCAUAGCUUAAUGGAAGAAACAUCUAAAGCUGGUGGUACUGGGAAGUAUGCGUUUGCAUACAAUAAUGCUAUCUAUUCUGAUAAGAUCCUACGUCUGAAAGUUGAUCCCUCCCUGCCUGCUCUGUCAGAUUCCAGAAAAAAAGCACGUUUAGAAAAUGGUGCCUCGACCUCCUCUCAGCUGACAUUGUCUGUCAAGGAUGGUGUGAAAGAUAUCCGUGUUAGCUCCAUUAUCCUAGCUGCCGAAAGUCACUACUUUAUCAAGCUUUUUACAAAUGGAAUGAAAGAGACAGGAAAUGAAGUUGUUCUUGUGAACUUACAUUCAGAAGGUUAUUCAAUUUACUAAUACUAGGAAACAUGCCCGUGCGUUGCUACGGGGUAGAGGGGCAGUGUUUGAAGAGAGGGGUGCAUGGAGGACUUUCGUCGAGUGCAUUUUCUCGACUUGGAAGCAAAUUCUCCAAGAGUUCAGUUACUAAUCCAAAGGAUUUUUGAAGUAAGGGUGCACAAGAUGUUUUUGCCUGACUUCUAUAUGAUAUUGUACAUUAGACCGUCAAUAUAUAGUGACAAUGCAUAUCUCACCUGUAAAUUAAUCAUUGUGCUGAUAAUAAAAAAUCACAGACACAACACUUACGUUGAGUUACUGAUAUCACACAAUGAUAAUGUCGUAUACUUCGCCUAGCGUCUAAGGAUGUUGUGUGUGUGCUAACCAUGCAGUCCUAGUCGUAUAGAUGUAUUAACUUCCUGUUCUGUGAUGAUAUAUGCAUGAUUCUUCAUCGCAAUUGAAUCUUUGUUUAGUGUGUUGCGCCUCAAUUCACGGUUAGCUAUAAUUUGCUCUAUUCUAGGUUUUUUUGUCCUGGUUGCAUAUUUGUGUAUUUCUACCUUUCCCAUGCGCACUUUUUUAUCUUCUGUGUUGGCUUAACGUUUGCAUAUUUCUUCUUCCCUUGUGUGUAUUUUAAUGUUUGGGAUAUCGCUUAUCGUGAACUUAUCGAUCGACCCAUGAUAAGGGGUAAAUCGGCUAGUUUAUCGACAUAUCGACCGAUUUAUCGCUAUAUCGGCUCAUUUAUCAGCCGAUUUAUCUUAUCGGCCAGACACCGGUAAGCGAUAAACCGGGCGAUUUAUCGGAAUGUCGGAAGAUAUCUUGAACAGUGAUUCUUUUGGCAACUGGGUUGAAUCUUUAAUUCUUUUGUUUGGUUCAUACGCUUCAUGAUGCUUUUUUUGUUUUUCUUCACUGGUCGUUCAUACAUACUGCUCUAUAUUUUUUUCUUUUUUAUUCGUUGGGAUCCAUGACUCGAGAUUGUCAUCCAAAUUGCUUGCCUGCAUGAGAGUUUUGUAUACUAUAUGAAGAUGAUGUUGAUUAAAUAUCGAAUAUAAAAUUUGCAUCAUAAAUAGAGCAUAUGUAGCUACUUAUAAAUAAAUAUAAUUAUGUUGAACAUAAGCAUGAGAAUGUAUGUGCUGUUUCCAUGCUAGACUAUUGAUCAAGUUUUUCCUUGAAGCAAUUUAGAAAGCAAAAAAUGAUACUAAAGUAAGAGCACUUCUAUAUUCAUCAUGUUUUUUGUCUGACUACAGUACAACAUUAUAGAGCGUUUUGUCGAUGCCUAGUGACUAAGCAUACCACACUGAUAGAUUAACCAUUGCAAUGAUAUCAGAAAAUAAAAAUAUCAUAUAUGCAUCUCUUUCAAAGUAAUUUUAUCUGAUUCUUUUUUCUUCAUAGCAUCAAUGUUCGGGUCGAAAGGAUGUAUAAGCUGGUUGCCUCGUUCCUCCAUACCACCUUCAACAUAAC